AUGGACGGCGUUGUCUCUGUUUUCGAAAGCAAGGAACUCAAAACCAAAACGACAAGAUCAUGGGACUUUCUGGGGUUCCAACAACCCAAACGAAAUCUCGCCGGUGAACUUGACGUCAUAAUUGGGUCAAUCGACUCUGGAAUUUGGCCGGAAUCGGAAAGCUUCAACGACGAGGGGAUGGGCCCGCCACCGCAAAAAUGGAGAGGGGAGUGUGCCGGGGGAGAGAAUUUUACGUGCAAUCAUAAGGUGAUUGGAGCUCGUUAUUACUCCUCCUCAUCGGCGAGGGACGACAAAGGCCAUGGCACUCACACUGCCUCCACGGCGAUCGGAAAAUCAGUGACAACGGACGGAUUUUAUGGGAUCGCCGGCGGAGUUGCGAGAGGAGCCGUUCCUUCUUCAAGACUUGCAGUUUAUAGUGCGUGCAGUCCGAGUUGCACAGAUGUCGAAAUUUUGGCGGCGUUUGACGACGCCAUUGCCGACGGUGUCGAUAUUAUCACCAUUUCACUUGGCGGCUUCGAUUUGUCUGAUUUAAGAGUCGACUGCAUUGCCAUUGGGGCUUAUCACGCCAUGGUUAAAGGAAUCCUGACCGUCCAGUCCGCCGGAAAUGAUGGGCCGGUGGUCGGAUCGGUGGAAAGUGUAGCUCCCUGGCUGUUUUCGGUCGCAGCCACCACUACUGAUAGAUCCAUCGUAGACGAGGAUGUCAAAGAAAGGGGUCGAGCCUUGAUUAAUGGUUCAAGGGCUACAUAG